AUGGAACGACCCGAUUUUGCUCCGGGGACGUCGGAGAUUGGCUCUUUGACGGCCCAUUCCAAUGAGGACUCACAAUUCGUCGGAAGCUCCAGCGGCAUCUAUUUUAUUAACACAGUCAAGCGGGCAUUCUCCAACGGCCUAGACGAUGCGGGAUCUCAAGAAACCGAGUUCCCCAAUGCCGAGUCUACACUCGUUGGUGCAGAGGACUCAUAUCUAAAUAAGCGACAAAGAAUGGACUACAGAAGUCUUCCAGGUUCCUCCGCAGGCGGCGAGCCUUUUCCGCCGUGGAAAUAUGACCCAGCUGUCGCUUCUUGUUUGGGAGCCGCACCAUCUGCCACUAUUGCCAAAGAGCUGAUGGUUCCAUAUUUUAAAAUAUGGCAUUCUCUGUUUCCAUUCUUGCACGGUCCGACCUUUCUGGAUGCGUUUGAUAAAUUGUAUUCCAGCACGUCCAUGGAGGAGCACCAGUCUGCUGAUUCUACUUCUGGUCACCGCAGUACUUGUUGGACUAUUAUCUUGCAAUGCGUGUUCAAUCUUGGGAGUAUUCUUCGACCAGACUUGGGUCUUCCUUCUGAAUCGAAGAUCAGGUCACCCAGUGAUGUGAAUAACCUCCUUUCAACAUUAGCGCAUAGGCAUGAUAUUGUCUCCCUUCAAGCAAUGCUAGCAAUCCAAGUCUACCUUGUUGCAACAAUGUCGUUACGGCUGGCAUCCACAUUUGGAGGAUGUAUACUUCGCUCCAUGCUACAUGCAGGUCUGCAUCGCUGUCCGUUCAGAUACAGUCAACUCUCUUCGCAUGAUCGACAACUAAGGAAACGUAUCUUCUGGUGCGCUUAUGCGAUCGAUCGAUAUCUCAGCCAGGCACUUGGAUUGCCACUCGGUGUUCAAGACUCGGAUAUUGAUGUCUGUCUACCAUUGUCACCGGAAGUUCAUUCGCCACGACUAAUUCAAGACUUGAGCACAUAUUCCUCAACUCCGAACGGUCAGAUGGGUGCAGUCCCCCGAUCUUCUUCGCUACCGGAAACUCCCGAAAGAGAUCUAGAGGUGACUGAGCUACAAAAGAAAGAAAUCAUUAUAGCCAGCUACGUCGAUUCCGGGACUUUGACAGGGCGAGCGCUGGAGUUAUUCCAUAAAUCGAUUCUUGUUCGCUCUGUUCGUCGCAGCUCGGUACUAUUCUUGGUGACGGAUGUUCAUAAAUGGUGGAAUAGCUUGCCGCAUGAUCUCCAAGGGAAAGGUCAUGGACCAGGCAAAGAAGACAAAUCAGAUCAAGCCGAGACCCCCUUUGAUUUCGGUCCGUUUUUCACUGUGUUAUAUCAGCAUCUUAUCUUGAUCAUUCAUCGUCCAUCAUUAUCAUUGGACCCAUCAAGCGCGGAGUUUUGCUCUGGACUUCAAACAUGCAUUGGCGCUGCUCGAGGAAUUAUCGCUGCGUUAAAAACUCAGGUUCACAAUCAACAACCUCUUUUUUGGCCGGGUUUCCUAUCUGCCGCAUGGAUGUCAGGGUUGGUCCUGGCCUUUGCAUGUCAAUUAAACCAAUACGUCCUUAUGAAAGGGUUACAAGAGAUUGACGAAUGCUCCUUAUUCCUUCUUCGCAUGUCUAGCCAAUGGGAAACAGCUAGACAAUGUCACCAGGCAUUAUUGCUAUUGUCUUCUAAAGUAAGACGUGAUCAGCGCAACAUGUCUAAUCCCCACGCAUAUGCCUUGAGGACACCCGACAGGGAAGCAGCUUCUGCGGAUCAAGAUGAACUCCGAGAUCAGGAAAAUUACUAUCAAACCAACGCAAGUCCCUAUGACGCGUUUGUUCCGGAGCCACGACCAGAAAUAAAUCCAAUGCCUGCUCGAUACAAUGAAGGUAAUACACAUUCUACUGUAACCGAAGAGCUAGACUUCCAAAGUACGGAAGCUGGGUACUUGGCUGGAGGAUCUAGUUUUGACUUGAAUAUGGUUGACUUACUUGACGGAGCCAAUUUUGAUUCCUUAUUUGAUCUUAUUGGGCAACAAUAUCCCAGCUUCUGA